CAAGGGAAAAGCUGAGGCAAGGGCAAGGAUAGGCAGCUGCUGCAAACGAGCUUGUUGCAGCUGGGAGCCAAGAUCAUACACACUACUACUCGUAGACGUAAUGAAUGCAAAAACAAUAAACGUCGGACUUCUGCUAAGCUGAGAACUACUUCGAAUGGAGCAGCUGCAACUUUGGGAGCUCUUACCGACUGGACUAUCAAAUGGGCAAGGAGGAAUGUAAUACUUUUAGUGGACCUAGUUUGGAGUUUGUGUUAUUGGUCUUCAGUGGCAUAUUUCUGUGUUGUGAUGUUUUAUUCAAAAGUUGAGUAUAUUUGACUCAGUGUGCUGGUUGUACAUCGGAGUGCAUUACAUUCAAAGAGGACUUCUCUGAGAAAGGAAGAUCUAGGAAGAAGUUGUUCGGAACUGCACCGGGGUUCGGGUUGUAGCCACCCCGGUGAGCAUCAGAAAGACCCACUAAAGGAGCAGGAGAGACUGCUAGUGCUACAGCUUGGAGAGCGAUGCCUUCCCAGCGGAUGCAGGCAGCAGACACAGCGCUUGUGGUGCUCUGUGCCUCUUUCGCUAUCAGCAACUUUGGCUUCUGCGUGGCAGGAAGUGAAUAUAGCGAGAUGCUCCCAGAUUCUUUCCCAUCAUCUCCAGCUGAGCCUUUGCCACAUUUUCUGCAGGAGCCAGAAGAUGCUUAUAUUGUCAAAAACAAGCCUGUGGAGCUAACAUGCAGGGCAAAUCCAGCAACCCAGAUCUUUUUUAAGUGCAAUGGUGAAUGGGUAAAUAACAAUAAUCAUGUGACUAAGGAGAGCUUGGAUGAAGUCACAGGCAUGGUUGUACGAGAAACUCGUAUCGAGGUUUCUAGACAACAGGUUGAAGAGCUGUUUGGUCUAGAUGACUACUGGUGCCAGUGUGUGGCAUGGAGUUCGACAGGCACAACCAAAAGUAAACGGGCCUAUGUUCGCAUAGCAUAUCUCAGGAAGAACUUUGAGCAAGAACCGUUGGGAAAGGAGGUACCACUCGAACAGGAGGUAUUAUUACAGUGUCGACCACCAGAAGGCAUGCCACCAACAGAGGUGGAGUGGCUUAAGAAUGAAGAUGCAAUUGAUCCUGUACUUGACCCAAAUUUCCUAAUUACUAUCGACCAUAACCUUAUCAUCAAGCAAGCCAGGCUGUCUGAUACUGCCAACUACACCUGUGUGGCCAAAAACGUAGUUGGCAGGCGCCGAAGUACUACUGCCACUGUCAUCGUAUAUGUAAAUGGAGGAUGGUCAACCUGGACUGAAUGGUCGGAGUGUAGCAACCGAUGUGGGCGUGGUUACCAGAAACGUACAAGAACUUGUACCAACCCAGCACCUCUCAAUGGUGGCACUUUCUGUGAUGGUCCACCCUUCCAAAAACUUGCCUGCACUACCAUGUGUCCUGUUGAUGGUGUUUGGACGGCAUGGAGUAAAUGGUCAGCUUGCAACACUGAGUGCACACACUGGCGGAGUCGUGAAUGCACCGCUCCGGCACCCAGAAAUGGAGGCAAAGACUGUUUCGGUGCAAUGCUGGAAUCUAAAAACUGCACAGAUGGCUUAUGCAUGCAACACACGAUUGCCAGUAAACCUGAAAACAAGACUCUAGAAACCUCAGGUGACAUAGCUCUGUAUGUUGGCUUGGUGGUUGCCAUUUUUAUUUUUGUAAUUAUUGCCAUGAUGAUUGGGCUGAUUGUGUAUCGUCGCAGCCAUCGCAAUUUGAACACUCAUAUCACAGACUCCUCUGCAGCAUUAACGGGUGGCUUUCAUCCUGUGAAUUUUAAACAUGCACGCCAAGAUAAUCCUCAGCUGCUUACACCAUCUGUACAACCCGAUCUAACAGUCAAUGCUGGAAACGUGGGGUCAUACCGUGCACCUGUGUAUGCAUUACAGGACUCCACUGACAAGAUUCCAAUGACCAAUUCUCCACUGCUGGACACACUCCCAAAUCUAAAGAUCAAAGUUUAUAACUCCUCCUCUCCAGUGCUAAAUGACACCUUAGAUCAGAUGGGGGUGCUGUCUCUAGGUACCUACCCAGGAGGCAAUAUUAGAGACACCAGCGGCAUGAAUAUGAGGAACAAGGCACUGAGCUCACAGCAUCUGCAUUCUCUACCACGUGAGCCAGGGAACACAGCCAGUGCAACCUUUGGCUGUUUGGGAGGACGGCUCAGCAUUUCUAAUUCUGGUGUGAGCUUGCUGGUACCCCAGGGUGCAAUUCCUCAGGGAAAAUUCUAUGAAAUGUAUUUGAUGAUCAACAAGCGAGAAAUGACAACAUUACCCUCCGAUGGCACUCAGACAACUCUAAGCUCCAUAGUGAGCUGCGGGCCCACAGGAUUGCAACUGUGUCGUCCAGUGGUUCUAACCAUCCCACACUGUGCUGAUGUCAGCACACCUGACUGGGUUCUUAGACUAAAGACACAGUCACAUCAAGGAAACUGGGAGGAGGUGGUAACACUGGAUGAAGAAACUCUCAGCACACCUUGUUACUGUCAGCUAGAGCCCCAGACUUGCCACAUCCUUCUUGACCAGCUGGGCACCUAUGCAUUGGUUGGGGAGUCAUAUACAAGGUCAGCAAUUAAGAGGCUACAGCUCGCCAUUUUUGCUCCUGCCAUUUGCACCUCUCUUGAGUACAACCUAAAAGUCUACUGCUUGGAUGAUACACCGGAUUCACUCAAGGAAGUACUAGAGCUUGAACGAACACUAGGAGGAUACCUUAUACAAGAGCCUAAAACACUCCUCUUUAAAGACAGCUAUCACAACUUGCGUCUUUCAGUUCAUGACAUUCCACACUCACUUUGGCGAAGUAAACUACUUGCAAAGUAUCAGGAGAUCCCGUUUUAUCACAUCUGGAGUGGCAGUCAGAGAGCAUUGCACUGCAGCUUUAAUUUGGAAAGAUACAGCCUGGCUUCUUCUGAACUCACCUGCAAGAUCUGCGUCAGGCAGGUUGAAGGCGAGGGUCAGAUAUUUCAGGUGCACACUAUAAUUGAUGAGAAUGUGAAACCUUUUGAUCCAUUUCAUACACAAACCAGCUGCAAUGCAACAACCCAAGUGGGACCAUAUGCCUUUAAAAUACCAUAUUCAAUUCGGCAAAAAAUCUGCAAUAGCUUAGAUGCCCCUAACAGUCGAGGCAAUGACUGGAGGCUCCUGGCUCAGACACUUGGGGUAGACCGGUAUCUGAAUUAUUUUGCCACAAAAUCUAGUCCAACAGGAGUCAUUUUAGACUUAUGGGAAGCACAGCACUUAGAUGACGGGGACCUCAACACCUUGGCCAGUGCCUUGGAAGAAAUGGGCAAGAGCGAAAUGAUGGUUGUUAUGGCGACAGAAUGAGAGUGUUAAAUGGCUUCAGAAUGUGUUAUGCUAGAGCCUGGCAUAGAAAAAGCAAAAUUGAAUAUCAGUCAUGGACUGCAAAACCUCAGCACAAUCUCCACAAUUCUCUAUCCAAAACAUGUUGCUGACAUAUCUCCAGCUUUACUCAAAAAAAAAUGUAACCAUUUGUGGUUACUAGUUUUCGUUCAAGCAACUGGUCCAUAAAAGGUGCCAAUAUGUGCUGACUUGUUUCCACUAAACAAAGGAAGGAGAAUGUGUCCAAAGUAACCAUGACAACAGUUGUUUCAGGGCCUGAUUUGCUGCUACCCACAGCACUAAGCAAUUAUGAGUUAACUCGUAUCUUCAAUGCCAUGGGUCUUCAAAGUCAACAAAAAUCUAGAUAAAACUGCUUUCUUCUGUCAAAGCUUUGGACAGCUUGUAAAGGAUAAGAGUUUCUUAGGAAACGCAAUUUAAUUUAUUAUCCAUAUCUUUGGAUGCGCCUUUUAUGCUCUGAGCUAAAACUCGUUUCAUUUAGAUAACAAUAAGAUUGUUUACACAGCUCAGCUUCAGGUAGAUACUAACAAGAUGCUCGUCUCAGCCUGGCACUCACUUGUGAGCCAUGAAUCUGGCACUGCAUUUUUUUUACGUCAUCCAUUGUCUGUUAAUUCCCCCUUAGUCACCUGUGGGAUAAAGGAGCAGAAGGAUCAGGCCAUGAGUAGAGAUGGCCUUUAUAUGAAUCCAUCCAUGGUUCUCAGUGUGCAGUGUACAUCAAAAUGUAGUUGUGUUUUGGACGUAUCAGGGCAGUGAGUCAGACUAUUUCUGCCAUUUCCUUCCUGCCAUUGAAUUUGGUCAUCUUUACCCAUACCAUGAUGUAAACUGGGUAUGAAAUAAUCCUGCAGAAGCUAUGCCAGUAGUUAGCUGUAACUUGGCACAACAUGUUUCAGUGCCAAGCAGAAGCCUUGCAAUAUUGUGCAGUUUUGGCAGAGACAGAAGAGAUCGCUGUCUAGUCACCUGAUCAAAUUGUCAUCCAGGCACUGUACUAAAGCACUGAAGCAUCUCAGGUCAGCUUACGUGGUUGGGUGGGUGGUGAGGAAGUCAGCAUUCCCUGGUCUGUGUGUCAGCUUAUUCACUGAAAAUGGAGAACUUGUAUAAGCAGCAUAGCAUGAGAGAACAGAUAACCUUCUUCGAGGUCAUUUACUCUCAUUAUUCUUGUUCUUUUUACGUUCUCUACAACCGCGGGAUAAAUACUUGUGUGUAGCUCGCUUGAUAGUGUAUACUGGAGGUAAGAGAGAUGGCUGGGUGUAUCUGUAAUCUCUGUUAACUCAGAGGUUAUUAACCUUUUGAAGACAAACAGUGUAGAUGUUGGGUUGCACUGGCCCCACAGAAGACAGCAGCUGGAAAAUAAUUUUUAUUAAUUUUUAGUCCAUAAACCCAGCCUUGACCAUAUAGCUUGCCAAUUAUUUUCCUUUCUGACCUAUUUUCUCCCCCAUGAAGGUGAAAGCCUUUUGAACUCUUUGUUGCUUUUGCAGGUGAGAGUCAAGUAGCGUGGUGGAGUACCAUCAUGUGUGAUGAGUUUAGGGAUUUUACAUUUUAAAGGUCAUUAACUCCCUAGCUAUGGCUGUGCUGUCUUCUUCACUGAUACAGAAAUUUGUAACUUUGGAUAGAUGUGUUUCUGUUUCCACAUAUACUGUCACUGAUUGCAGUAAAUUGCCCUGCUGGAUAGGCCACUGGUAUCAUGGUCCUCUCACUGGGGACAAACUGUAUCCCAUCUCUUAAAAAGAGUGACCUGACAUCGGCUUCCUGCUUCACUUUCAUUUUCCUGAGCUGAAUUUUCUAGCAUUCAGGUUGAUAAUUACAUGGGAUGUAUUCAAGGCUUUAACCGUACUGCAUGGGUCACCCUUAUAUGGAAUUUCUGAUGCCAUUCUAGUCAAGUCAUGCCAAAUCAAGCUAGUUUCAUGUAAGUGUGUUGUAGAGCUGUAGUGAUAUAAAACAGAGUGACAUAUAAAUUGUAUUGUUAUGUCACUACAUGCUAUAUAAGCUUAGAUUUAGAGGUGACAACAGAUCAAGGUGUCCAGCAGAUAUCUGUGUACUUUAAUUUCUUUGGGGCCAUUUUUCCAUUAGCAUAGAGACGUAGGUCUUGAUGGCAGAAAGGGACUGUUUAGCCCAGUUAGUCUGCCCUUCACAGUUCAAGUAGAGCAGUUUGCUGAGGUUAGUCACCUAGUCAAAGAGGAAAUAUGAAAUUAAUUUCCAUUAUGAGGUUAACUCUUCUUCAGGCAAAGUGUGCUUUGCUUAUUGAGGCCUGAAAUUGUAAAACAGAGUUUUAAUACCACACCAUAACCAAGUAAAUAAAACUAUCCAAUUUUUCUUUCACAGUUAGAUGAAGGAACUAGCUAGAUAUUGAGUGACCAACUUGUACAUUUUUGUAUGGGUAGUACAUAAUGUUUCCUCUACGUAUAGGCACUUAAUGAUGUACCUGUAAGUUGCUGUUGUGCACUGACAACCAUGGUAUGCCACUGAAAAUCUGAAAUAACAACUGAGAUUGGGCCUAAAAGUAUUACAGUAAUAGGACAAUAUGGAAUGUAAUCCAUUGAGAAUGCAGUGUGCCCAUGGGUACACUGUGGCUUGUCUUUCUGUGAUACUUACUGUAAUGCCUUAAAGGGACUGCCAUCCUAGGUCCCUGAGGAACUUGCUCAUUUAUAGACUCCUAAUUUUUUUGUUGUUAGAUCCAUUGUCCUAAAUAUUCUGGGUUACCUCUUGCAUUAAAAAAGUUUUGUAACAAUUGUGAAUACAGGUGACCGCUAGCUCAGGUACACCCCCAAGUGGACUGAGGAAGGGGGUUUGAUGAUAUGCAGCCAGGUACACAUUGGAAUCACUACAUCCUUGUCAGGUGGCUAAUUUCUGUGUCUGUAUAUUUUGUCCUAAUCUGACAAGAAAAAAUUAGGUGUUAUUUUUAACAACUUUUACUGCUUUCAAAGUUAUUAAAUGUGAUCCUAUUGCAGAUGACAUUUUGUUCAGUAAAGUAGGUUAUGUAGGAGGUGAAAGCAAAAAUUCAGACACACAUUUCAUGCUUUGAGUGUUUUCUCCACUUUUGCUCUUUGAAGUACUGGGCAUUUGUCAGCCUCCUGUCAUUUUUUACCCAGGUUAAGCAGAGGGGAAAUGGGGUAAUUUUUUCCUGUAGCAUUUCAGAUCAUACAUUCCUUUAUUGUAAUGGUUUUACUUAAUUUGUACUGUUUUCACAUGCUUAUAUAUUAUUAGAAUUAGUUUUAUUUAUGUUUUAUUGAAAGCUAAUCAUUUAUUAUUAAUUGGUUGACGUUAUGACUUCUAGAGGCAUACUUUUCUGCCCACACUUUGAGAGAAGUGAAAACAUCCCAAAGGACUCAAAAGACUUAAUGAACUUAAAUGCAGAGUUUGAACUCUUAGGUCAUGUUUUUAUAUAAAUGAAACUUGCUAUCUAAAGUGUUAUCUUAAAAUCACAG